UCACAACGUUGUUCUCUCUUCGUUCGCCCAUCGUAUUGCUUGUUCUAACGUUCAACGUAGCUAAGGCCCAUUAACGGCGACUUGCAAUAUAAUUGAAUUUCUGAAUUUUUAUCCAUUUCAAUCAUAAAAACAUGGCCCUCAGCAAACCUGAAUCAGCUUGCGUAUAUGCUUCCUUAAUCUUGGCUGACGAUGACAUCAACGUUACGGCUGAGAAAAUCCAAACCAUUUUGAAAGCAGCUGAUAUUGAUGUUGAGCCAUAUUGGCCUGGUCUUUUUGCUAAAGCAUUAGAAAGUGCUGGAUCUAUUAAAGACUUAAUCACCAAUGUUGGAUCCGCUGUAGGAGCUGCCCCUGCUGGAGGAGCAGCACCUGCUGCUGCUGCUGCUGCACCAGAAGCAAAACAAGAUAAGAAGGAAGAGAAAAAGAAGGAAGAAAGUGAGGAUGAAGAAGAUGACGACAUGGGCUUCGGUCUAUUUGAAUAAGAAUCUUGACUGACCUUUUUUUUUUAUAUAUAUAUAUAUAUAUGUAUAUGUAUGAACAUUUUAAAUGUUGAAUAAAAAAUACAAAAAAAAUUUCAA